AUGGAUCACAUGCGGCGCCAGGCACUCAUAUGGAGCAGAGACAUUCACAGUGCUGGGCUCACCUUCGAGGACAUGCUGCGCAUAGCAGAUGGAGUGCAACCGGAACUGGAUGGAUGCGAGAUCUUUUCCGGUGCUGGUAACAUCUAUACUGCUAUGCAUUUGCGAGACUUGAAAGCCGAGAAGUACGACAUCCUGGAGAACCCCUUAAACGAUGCUCUGACCAACUUAGGUGCGACACGUGCCACAAGAAUGGUGGCACGUGUCCGCCCUGGUGGGAUGGCCUGGAUUGCUUGUGAUUGCGGCAGCUUCUGUCACCUCUACAGCCAGAGUGGCCGCUCGAAAAGCAACCCAGCUGGUGAUGAGACGCGGUUUAAAGUGGAGCAGGGCAAUUCCAUGGCUCGACUGAGCAUUCUGCUGUUUCUGUUGAGCUGGGUCCGUGGGGUUUUCCCCAUCCUGGAGAACCCCCAGGCUAAUUAUUUCUGGAGUUAUGAGCCCAUCGCUCGCACUUUGUCUUACAUGGCCGCCCAUGAAGUGCUGCUUUUCAGAAAGAAGAAGUUCAGUGAAGACCAUCCGAGCACCCCCAUCCCCGAAGAAUUUUUUCACCCUCUCCACCGCCCCUCCCCCUGA